CUCUGACACAGAAAAAUAAGUGAGUGAGCUAGAGAGAGACAGGGGAGGAGGGUUGGGAUCACCUACCGCUCCAACAGUAGUAACAGUGAGUCAGUUGCUCAAAAUAUAAGAAAAGCACCCUGCUUGGGAUUGAAAGAAGUCACCUUUGAGCUUCCUUUGGGGAGCAUUAAUGAUCUGAGGCCCUCAGAGUAGCCAUUACAUGAAGAUUCUGGUUCUCUCUCUGGGUCUUGAAAAUGGCAUCCAAAACCCAAGUUGCAGUUGUUGAUGUUGAGCAAGGAGGUCGCCGGAGCUACUCGGAUUCCGGGUCAGAUGAGGAAGAGGAGGAGGAGAAGCAGAGGAGGAGCUCAUGUGUGUCUGGGAGUAGUGAAGAGAUUGUGGAUGUGAGUGAGGAGUCUACAGAAGAGGAGGAGGUGGAUCUGGAAUGUGGAGGGGUGCCUGCUGAAGUGAAGGUCCACGUGGCAAGAGUGAAGAGGGAUUGUAGGAUUUGUCAUCUGAGUAUGGAUGCAACUAAUCAUGAAUCUGGGAUUCCUAUUGAGUUGGGGUGUUCUUGUAAGGAGGAUUUGGCUGCUGCACAUAAACAGUGUGCUGAGGCCUGGUUCAAGAUCAAGGGUAACAAAACCUGCGAGAUAUGCGGCUCAACUGCACGCAAUGUUGCUGGGGUGAAUGAAGCUGAGUUGGCAGAGCAGUGGAAUGAAGCAAAUGAUACUGCAAUGCCACCAGCACCAGUUACCGCUACACAGCCAGCAGAGAACCGAAACUUCUGGCAGGGUCAUCGGUUCCUCAACUUCUUGCUAGCUUGUAUGGUCUUCGCCUUUGUCAUCUCUUGGCUCUUUCACUUCAAUGUACCCUCAUAAGAAGGCAUUAUUCUACAGCGAUGAUAGAGGUAACAAACAAGCACCUUACCAGCUCUGGAGUAACGUUCUUCUCGGUCUUCUCUGUUGUUUGUAUAUUAGUAGAGCCUAGCUUCAGCAGGUUGUUGUAAUUUAUGUUGUUGUUGAAUUCGAUUCGCAACUCGAUUAGCACCAGUAGGUUGUUGUACUAUGAUAACUUCGGAUGCUUUACUCUGGCCAGAUUGGAUGAACAACCACCUAAUAUAAUAUAUAUAAGAUUUGUGGCAUGUGCCUUCCAUGGUAUUGCCAUUAUUUCUC